AUGUCCACCAUGGCCAAAUUCAAUAUGUCCAGAUACCAUGUUGACAUUAAAACCGAAGAUCUUACCAACUGCUGUCGGAUUGCCAUCAGCGGGGUUCAGCGCGCUGUGCAGUAUUACGUCAACACUCGGUCCAUCAAGGAUCAAAUAGAAGAUCUCAUCUGUUUGCUUAUUGUGUACCGGUUCUUACACAAUACUGUUGUGGUUCUUUACGGAUAUGGACCUUUUAGAACUGUCGCUGGUUUAUACAGGCAGUUUGCUGGUAAUAUUACACGCCGGAUGUUGAAGCUGCCUAUAUUGAAGGAAAAAGUUGGACAGCAAGUGGCAGGUACCAGGGCUAUGAUCGAGAAUGAGUUCAUAAACAAACCAAAAGGCGUCUCAUACAGCCAGAUUCCUAAUAAGGGUCUUAGCGAUACUGUAUUGAACCAUAAGCUAGACAUUCUCGUCGAUGAGAAGUCUGCCAAUUGGAAAGGAGGUCAAGUUUCUGGCGCCGUUUACUUUGGUGACGACAAGGUGGCAAAGUUACAAGCUGAUACUUACUACAAGUUUUGUUUUGCAAACCAAUUACAUCCUGAUGCCUUUCCUGGUGUUAGACAGAUGGAAGCUGAGGUCGUUUCCAUGGUCUUGAACCUAUUUAAUGCCCCAGAGUCUGGUUGUGGUACUACAACAUCUGGAGGUACAGAAUCUUUACUUUUAGCCUGCCUAGGUGCAAGAGAGAAAGCCUAUGCGGAGAAGGGUAUUACAGAACCCGAGAUCAUUGCUCCUGUUAGUAUCCACGCUGCCGUCUUUAAAGCCUCCCAGUAUUUCAAGAUUAAGUUGAGACUUGUUGAUCUUACCGAUGACUUUACCGUUAACAUUGCCCAGGUUAAACGUUUGAUUAAUCGGAAUACCUGCCUUAUUAUGGGUUCCGCUCCAAACUUUCCUUACGGUACCAUUGAUAACAUUCAGGCCCUUUCUGACUUGGCUGUAAGCCAUAACAUUCCGUUGCACGUUGAUUGCUGCUUAGGAUCGUUUGUUGUGGCCUACUACUCUCGGGCUUUUGGUGAAGAGCUUCCAUGCUUUGAUUUCAGGUGUCUUGGUGUGACAUCUAUCAGCUGUGAUACUCACAAGUAUGGUUUUACUCCUAAGGGCUCUUCUGUGAUUCUUUAUCGCAACAAUGAUUACAGACGAUACCAAUAUUUCAUCUCAACUGAGUGGACAGGCGGACUCUAUGGUUCUCCUACUUUGGCUGGAUCUCGUCCGGGUGCUCUCACUGCUGGUACAUGGGCCACAAUGUUAUCUAUCGGUAAUGAUGGCUACACCAAGAGUUGUAGGGCCAUGGUGAUGGCUGCUCGUGAACUUAAGCGUGCUGUUGCAGAAGAGAUUCCCGCUUUGGAUGUUAUUGGAGACCCUCUUGUUACUGUUGUGGCGUUCAAAUCAGAGAAACUUAAUGUCCAUUCGUUGAACGACAGGAUGACGAGGCGUGGCUGGCAUCUCUGUGCCUUACAGAAACCUGCUGCUAUUCAUCUUUGUGUUACACGUCUCUCAGUUACUGUUAUCAAAGAGCUUAUCGAGGACCUUAAGGAGUGCGUCAAUGAGCUACUUGAAGCGGAUGAGGAACUCGACUCUAGUACUGCCCAAAUUUACGGUGUUGCCAACAGUCUCACCGUGGGUUCUAUUGCUGAUGAUCUCAUUUCUGCGUUCUUGGAUAUUUUGUAUCAAGACAAGAAAACCGCACAAUAA